AUGGUAAAUCGACUACGCCUUGCCCAGCCCUACAUCCUUUGCUCCUAUGACCGGGAGUUUGCCGGGCCAACAACGCUGAAGGAAUGUCCUACACCAAGAGGAUCUCCAUCAAACCAGAAAUGUUUGACGGAACAUUCUACAUUGAGCGCAUCUCCGUUACGCCAAGUAGACUCGGCAGAAUACCCUACACCAAGAGAAUCGCCAUCAAGCCAAAAUCAACCGGUAGAACACACUCCACUGAGAGAAACACCUACUCGAGCCUUCUCCUCCUACGGCUCGUACUUUGUCAAGCCAGAAAAGCAGGUACGAUAUCCUUCACCAAGACAAUAUGUCGAAGUCCGAUCCAUAAUCGAGCCGUACUGGCACGUCUUUAACUUCGUACUGGAGUACGAGCCAAGAUCUUGCGUUCACCACUAUGUCACACCUCCAACUGCACCGGGCGAGCCUUUUAUCAUCACCGAAAUUGAGAUUCGAUCGCCACAUGGAGAGUAUACACAAGCAUAUGGUCCUUCUGUCCACGCCCCCUGGAUCUCUACAGCCCAGCAAACGGCGAGUAACAAGUUCAACCACUGCGACUUCAGCAUCCACCUCUUCCUGUGCUAUCUCGAGCCGCUUUUGAGCCGCGUCGGCGCAACGGUAAUUUGGCUGGCAGUGCAAGCGAAACCACACUGGGUGAUACACUGGGAGGGUGAGCGACCAUAUCCGCUAGUGCGCCACAGUGUCUUCAGCAUUACCACUCGAUCUGGCGAUGAAUAUAUCGCAGACUUUACUAUAGAGCAAUUCGGCUUUGCAAGUGAGUACUGGCUGAUGCGCAAGAGAGACUAUGAAGAGCGGUUUACUACGGGCAACACGAGGCGACAGCCGAGUGCUCGAGAAGUCGAGGAAGCGCGGCGAGGCGAUAUCAACGACUGGGAUGAGAAGGCGUGGGUAGUGAGAGAAGCUUGUCACAGAAUGCAUGGUUAUAGAUGGAAAUCCAGCGACAGAAUCAUGAUGAUACAGUGGUUGGAGGUAUUGGUCAAGGACGCUUGUUGGUAUAUGUGGCAUGAUCAAGAGGCCUACCAAUGGUUCCAAUAA